UAAGAUUCCAUCCCGCCAUCACAGCACGUGGAAAAUAUCAGAGUCCGUCGCAACAGAUCAGACCUGUGGCAGGCUGCUGCCUGUCAUUUACUUUGCGCCUCUUGCUCAGCGACGUAGCGCGAGCGGCCCCGUCAUGUUCCGGACGCUCCUGACACCGCUCAGGCUGCGCUUCGACUCGUCGCCACGCUCCGCUGUCACCCAAAACAUCGUCACGCCGAUUGUCGCUGAGGAGGAUGAGCUUGAAAACCCGGAGGACUUUGCGAGGGAUGUGCUGGUCGAGCUCAUGCGGAACUCCGUGGAGAAGCUGAAGAUGUCGCAGGACACACACUCGAGGAUGGAGACGCUGGUCGAGAUACAGCGCAUUAUGCUCCAAGACUCGCUAUCCGCAACGAAGGACGUGUUCAGGGAGAUGGAUGGAUUCGUCGGACUCAUGAGUGUUCUCUCCGCAGCGCAUGAGGGAAGCGAGAACGCGGAUGAGGCACAAUUGGGGGAGAUCAUUGAAUGCAGCCGGCUUGCAUUCAUGAUCACGUCGGAGGCGAUGACCGACCACCCGGACAACACUCAGUACUUCAAGACACGCAUCGGAUUCGAGUCGCUAGCCACUGCAAUCGAGAACCUUACCUUGGAUCCACGGACCGUGGACUACACCAUGGGCCUUCUCCUUUCCUUCGCAUUCCGAAACUUCUCUAUUGCGGGGACCUUCAAGUCUAUCCGCGGAGUCGAGCUACCCAAUGUCGAGCCCACCCUGCGAGAAGUAGUGUCGCGCCUGGGGGGUAUCAAACGCCCGGGGGCUAUCGCACUCAUUAACAGAUUCGCGCCGCAGCUCGUUGGCCAAGACGCGACUAUGCGCUUCGGUGUCCUCAAACUAUUCGAGCUACUGGCCAACACGACGCACCGGAACCACGUUAUAUUCAGCAGUCUCGAGUUGGCGGAGAAUGUGCUGGUGCGCUUUUGCGAGCUCGACACGCCAGAUGUGGAGAGGAAUGUGCUGCAGAAGCUGUUGAGGCGACUGCUGGACAUGGGCGCAACGCCUUCUGUGGCAAGAUACUUGUUCCAGGCAGUGAUAAGGGAGGAUGGAACGCUGCAUGCUGAGCUGCUGGAGAUGAUUCGGUACGGGAUGAAAUCGCGGUGGCUAGAACACUUUUCGAUGGAGUCGCCCGCUUCGCUGACGAUGACGGACGACGGUGUCAAGGGUUUGCCAGUGACGGGCUUUACGUACAUGACCUGGCUCUGGAUCAAAGAGCUUCCCAGUACGACCCACACCCUGUUCUCUGCUCAGAUGAACAGCCGCUCCCUCCUUUCGCUGAGCUUGCGAGGCGACGGCAAACUCGAGCUGGCAUCCUCCGCCAACCGCGACAUCGGCGUGUUCCGAAAGAGCCAGAUCACCAAAAUGAGGUGGACACAUGUCACGCUGGUGCACUACCCGUCACGGGCCGGCAAUCCGACCAUCCGACUUUACCUUGACGGAGUUUUGAAUGACGGCUUCAACUGGAACUAUCCAAAAUUCGAGUCACAACCCCAGACGAUCAAGUACAUCAUUGGCGAGGAUUCGAACAAGACCAGGAUGAGCUGGUCGAUUGCCUCUGCUCAUCUGAUGGCUUUCCCAUUCGGCGACGAUCUACCAAGAUUCAUACACCAUCUGGGACCCCGCUACUCGGGAAAUUUCCAGGACCCCAUGCUCGUCAAGUUCCUCACCUACGAGGCCUCCACAUCCCUCAACAUGUAUCUGUCCACGAUCGCCGCAAAAUCCAAUGUUCCAGUGGCUAACAUGGCCCUGAUGAAGGUCGUAAAUGACGGUCUCGGUGUGCCAGAGUCGUCCAUCAUUUUUUCGGUUUCGCCUAGGAGUUGUCCGACCGAUGAUCCCGAGCGGGCAAUCGUCCCAGCCAACGGCAGUAGACACGAAUUUGCGACUCGUGGUGACGUUUUCAUCGUCAAGGCCGCCUGUUUGGAUAUGUCUCUUUGGAAGAUCGGCGGUGCAGCUGUCCCGUUGCGACUACUACAAGUCGCGAGCACUCCUCACGAGGUAUCCCGAGCACUGGGUGUGUUGCUGGAUGGCCUCAGAAACAGCUGGCAAAAUUCUGAAGACAUGGAGCGGAUCCGUGGCUACGAGAUUAUUGCCGGUGUGCUCCGGCCCAAAGCGCACUUGAUCAACAUGACUGGCUUCGAGACUAUUUUCGAGUUUCUCGGCUUCAAUUUCCGUUCACCGGAACAUUCCACCGUUGUGAAUGCCGUUGCUUACCGCGCCAUUGCGCUGGACUUUGAGCUGUGGUCAAGCACACGGGUGGAGGUGCAACGAGUCCAUCUCGAGCAUUUCACCACCCUCCUCGUCUCGAGCCGGUACAAGAAAUUCAACAUCAAGCAGCGCUUCCCCAAGCUUGGGCUCGUGCGCAAGCUCCUGUUCGCUCUGCAGACAAACUGGUACCAGUCUGAGAUCGUCCCAUUCGUGCUCGAGGCCCUGAAAUCUGCGCUCCAAGUCAAUUUCUCCAAAGACGACGCUAUCAAACCCGUCGUUUCGUAUCUCGCAGCCAAUCUGCACCCCGACAAGGCCGUGGAUGACAAAGACAAGGACGAGCCCGCCUCGCCGCAGAGCAUGGAAAAUCGUGACCCGCGAGAGAAGGCGGAGAUGGUCCUGGAGAUGCUCAUCUCGCUCCUUUCGAUCCCGGUGUUAUACAACAGAUUCUGUGUCGUCCUCCCCCUGACGCGGAUCUGCAUCCUGCUCCUGGGUGACCGGCCAUCGCCGUUCAUCGCCACCCAGAUUCUCACGCUGGUGGCGAUCAGCAACAGCAUGGCCCCCGCGUUCGCACGCAAAUUCGAGCUCAUCAGCGGAUGGAGCGUCUUCAAGACCGUGCUUCCUUCGUGCUGGGAUCCGGUUGUGAACGAGGCUGCUCUGGAUGUCCUGCUCGGCCGUUUUUCCGGUGGAGAAACGAUCAAGUCUCCCCUUGAGAAUGGGCAGAGCGCACCCUCCGCGAAAAUCGUCUGCCCUCAAAUCGUGCCCACUAUCUUCUCCGCCCUUCAAGUCGGCUUGGGCACCGUCGCGCGCAACUGCAGUGUUGAUGAUGCGGGAAAUGUGUCCUGGGCCGUCGAGUCGACCAUGGAGGUCCUCAUCGAGGAGCUCAUCGACCUGCACGCGUCGAGCAAUGCGUUCCGCGAAGUGUUCAGGUCGCAGCAGACGACGCAGCUGUUCGUGAACAGUUACAAGGCUUUCACGCUGCGAGUCGUCGAGGCGUCGACCAUCAACCAACGGACCAUCCGUAUUCUAGAAAAGCUGUCGCACUUUGGCCUGGCUCUGGCUCUGGACAACUGUGUCGCCGGCGCUCAGAAACGCGAGAUACUCGACACGUUGGCAGAAGCCGAAACGAUCCUCGCGCCAUCCAACGAAAAGACGGCAAUCGACCCCGCUCUCGUCGUCGACACGCGCACCGUGCGCCAGCGAUUCGCAUCCGCGCGGUUCAGCAUCCAGAUCGGCGAGCGCGCGGUGGUCAAGACCAUGACGCGGAUGAACGAGUGGCGGCUGACGAUCCAGUCGUCCGAGCGCCAGCGGGUGCGCAAGACCAUCCUCGAUCUGCGCGAAAACAAGCGCCAGAUCUCCCGGCUGUCCGAGUGGUCAAACCUGCUGACCUCGGAGCGUGGGCUGUGGCCGAAUCCGGAGGUCAGAACGUGGAGAUUGGAUGAGACGGAAGGGCCGCAGCGCGUCCGAAAUCGACUGGAGCCGAUGAACGACAAGUCGCUGGCCAUCCGCAUCGACACGAGUGAUCCCAACAUGCGCAAUGUCGAGGCGCCCGACAUCGACACGCAGUCGAUCGUCCAAGCAGAGGUCCCGCCGUGGGCCGAGUCGUACGAGAUUUCUGCGACGGACAUGGACGAUCGGCAACUUGCGGAAGAGAUCACGGACGACAAGCACCGGCGCGUGCGCCACGAGCUGGAACCCGGGGAUGUCAUCGAGGCGGUGGCGACCGUCGCGCGGAUCGCGGGGGUGGACUCCUCGCCCGGACUGAUGAUCAUCGGACGGACGCACAUCUACAUGCUCGAUGGGCUGGUUGAGAGCGACGACGGCGAGAUCGUGGAUGCGCACGAUGCCCCCAAGCAGCUGUUCUUCGUGCCCGGCAGCAUUGUCGAGCUUGACGGUCCGCAGAAAGCCCAGCGAUGGUCGCAUGACCAGAUAGCUGCGUUUGGCGACAAGACAUUCUUGUUCAGAGAUGUGGCGCUCGAGAUGUACUUCAAAGACAGCCGCUCGCUCCUGAUCGUCUUUCUCGACAAGCAGCGGCGCCACAACUUUGACCAGAGACUGCAGCACAUCAUCACCCGGCACUCCCACCCGGGAGACAAUGUCCCAUCGGCGUCGACGCCCAUGGGCCGGAGCCGCACGCCGCGGCCUGGGUUUGGGAAGGUGUUCCAGCGGUCGGACGAGCUGUCGACUGCUCAGCGGCGGUGGCAGGCGCGAGAGAUCAGCAACUUCACGUACAUCAGCAUCCUGAACCAGAUCUCCGGUCGCACACCGAGUGAUGCGACGCAAUAUCCCAUCUUCCCCUGGGUGCUGAAAGACUACACCUCAACAACGCUGGACCUCAAUAACCCCGACUCAUUCCGAGACCUGACCAAGCCAAUGGGCGCGCUGACCGAUGUCCGGCGCGAGGCCGCGACGAUGCGCUACACGAAUCUCGAGAGCGUCGGCGAGAAUCCGUUCCACUACGGGACGCACUUCAGCUCGUCGAUGAUCGUGUGCCACUUCCUAAUCCGGAUGGCGCCCUUUACGAACAUGUUCAAGACACUGCAGGGCGGAGACUGGGAUCUCCCAGAUCGGUUGUUCAGCGAUGUUGCGCGCGCAUAUGAAUCGGCUGCAUCCGACGUCCGUGGCGAUGUCAGAGAGCUCAUCCCCGAGUUCUACACAUGUCCAGAGUUUCUCGAAAACUCGGACAACCUCGACUUUGGCGUGCAGCAGAACACAGGAGAGAAGAUUCACGACGUGAAGCUCCCGCCAUGGGCCAAGAAUGACCCGUUGUUGUUCAUCACCCUGAAUCGACGGGCACUGGAGAGCUCGUACGUGAGCGAGAAUCUUCCAGCGUGGAUCGACCUGAUCUGGGGCCACAAACAACGGGAUCCCGAGUCUCUAAACUGCUUCCACCCGCUGUCGUACGAAGGCUCGAUCGACCUCGACAAGAUCACGGACGAGCUCGAGCGCGAAGCGACGGUGGGCAUCAUCCACAACUUUGGGCAGACGCCGCGGAAGCUGUUCACGACGCCGCACCCGGCCCGCUACGACUACGGCCCGUCGACGCUGCCGAUCGGGACGUCGUCAGGGAUCGAGGAGGACCCGCACAUGCUGGUCCAGGAGGGCCGCUGCUUCCACGAGCUGGGGACAGGCAACCCCGUGCGCGAGCUGGUCAUGGAUCCGAUCGCGGACCGGAUGCUCGCCUGUCCGGAGGGCGUGCUGGUCGUGCCGGGCCGGCCGCACGAGCGGGUGGAAUGGGGCACGACACGGGCGGCGGCGGGGCAGCUGCGGUACGUGAUCGACCAGCGGGUGGUGCAGGUGAUCGAGGAGGCGUUCUGCGUGUGCGCGGCAUUCGCGGACUCGACGAGCCUCGUGACCGGGUGCAGCGACUACACGGUGCGGCUGUGGAAGAUGACGCGCAGUGCGCACAACUCGAACAUCGUGCGGCUCGGGCUGGCGAACAUCAUGCGCAUCCACACGCACGACGUCGUCGCCGUGACCGCGUCGCGCGCCUGGGCGAUCGUGCUCAGCGGGUCGCGCGACGGGAGCGCGGCGAUCUGGGACCUGAACCGCGGGAUCUACAUCCGCUCGAUCUGGCACGACGCGCCGGUGCACCUCGUCGCCAUCAACGAGAGCACGGGCUACAUCGCCACGUGCUCGAGCAACAAGCUGUCGCUGCACACCAUCAACGGCCGCGCGAUGGCGGUCCUCGAUCUCACCGCGCCGUCGCCGACGGACGGGAUCAUUUUCUCGCCGAUCACGUCGCUCGCGUUCCACGAGCGGGAGUACUCGCACAUGGGCGUCCUCGCGACGGGCGCGUUGGACGGGACGAUCACGCUGCGCACGUGGACCGCCGACGGGACGCCCGCGGGCGAGACCGCCGUCUGGGAGUUCCUGACGAUGCGCACGAUGCGCGUCCGGGCGGUCGGCGGAGAGCGGCCGCCGGCGGUCACGGCUCUGCGGCUGUACGGAGAGGACAUCUAUCACGGAGAGGAGACUGGCAAGGCGUUCAUGUGGACGCUGCCAGAGUGAUUUUUUACAUAUUUGUAUUUUUGGGUCUAAUAUGUCACAAGGAAGAGCUUGCCAAUAUGAAGACAUUUUUGUAAUCACGCAAAGAGCAAUGAUCAGUAAUAUCGACCAGAA